AAAAAAAAAAACCCGGCUACGUGUGGACUAGGCCUUAAUUCACACCAUACCUGAAACUGAUGAAUAAAGCUAUGUAACACUAACCAAAGUGAUAGCCAGGGAAAAUGUCGUCAGUUUGCAGGUAAAAAGCUUGUCAUUGGUCCUCACUUUGAUACAUAGACAAAUACACACACACGCACGUGUUCAUCUGUGAUUUUUUUACACACAAUUCCUUUGUAAAAAUAAAUCUGAUUUGUUGUUAGAGACUUACAAUUGUUCACAAAAUCUAUCAAUAUUGGGAAGUUUUCAUCCCAUUCUCUUAUCUAAGAAAACAAAAGAUCACCCCAUUCCUUUAACCCUCCCACUGUCUUUAUGGGUGACCCCGCGAGGAAAGUUGACCACUGAGCACACCCAUCAUCAGGACAGUGGGAGGGUUAAGGGUUAAACAUACUUUACAGCAUUCAUGUAAACAAAUAUGACGCACAUCAAGUGCCUCCCACAAUGCACCGCGCCCGUCGGGCAGAGCAGAGCUACGUCCCUGAAGAACAACUAAACCGCUCAUUUCUACCGGACCAGACUUGUGUUAACUUGUUGAAAUAGUUAGGAAGCGCACUAAAGUUCUUUAUUUCAGUUUAAGAGACCGAAUGAGAGUCGAGGAUACGUGAUAUCCACUCCUAGCGGCAGCUGGUGGCGAUGCUUCUGACCAUCAGCUAGCCGCUUAGCUAGUCGCCAGUGACGGGAGAAGCUGUUGGUGACACCCGGCAUCAGACACGAAAACAAAGGGAGGAAGAAAGUAGACUGAAGAAAAACGGGUAUUUGUGAAAUUGGGUUUUGUGUAGCUUUAGGAAACGCAACACAAUGAGCACCGAAGAGACAGCAGCCCCCAACAAAGCCGCUACUCCUGAAGAUGAUGGCAUGACUUGGUGGUAUAGAUGGCUCUGCAAGAUAGCCGGCGUUUUGGGAGGAAUAUCCUGUGCCAUCUCAGGGGUGUGGAACUGUGUCACCGUGAACCCUUUAAACAUUGCUGCCGGAGUUUGGAUGGUGUUGAAUGCCUUCGUGCUGUUCCUUUGUGAGGUCCCGUUCUGCUGCCAGUUUGUAGAGUUUGCAAAUGCCGUUGCAGCGCGAGCAGACAAACUCAAGCCCUGGCAGAAAUCCUUCUUUUACUGCGGGAUGGCGCUGUUUCCUGUGUUUCUGAGCUUCUCCUUCACCACCUUGUUCGGGAACGCCAUCGCCUUUGCCACGGGAGUUCUGUACGGCCUCGCCUCUUUAGGCAAAAAGGGAGACGCGGUAACCUACGCCCGACUGCAGCAUCAGAAACGGGGUGAUGAAGAGAGGAUGGCAGAGACGGCAAACGGCGCUCCAGAGUGACUCGUCACCUUUCCCUCAUUCUCCCUCGUCGCCCAUCCGCCCGCCCAUCCCACCCCUCCCUUAGUGUUUUAUCUUACACUACAAAGAGUUGUGAUGUGUAUUUAUUUACCUAUUUGCUGCAUUCUGACCCAAUUCAGUUAAUAGUUUGCAGCUGAAGUGGACGACUGGGAUUCGUCAUUGUGACACGAUACCUUUCAAGUAUGUUUUGAUUUCUCCUUGUUAAACUUUAUUUGAUGAAGCUCGGUUGUCUUUGACCCCCCCCCCGAAGCCUUUCAGCAAAACCCGAGUUUAGCCUGAGCUUCUAUAUGUUGACUUUUAGGCUGCGGUUCGGCGCUGUGUGACGGGGAGUGCAGUGCGUAGUAAUGAAGUCCACUGAUGCACCGAGCUGCUGUGUUGUCCUACAUUUGGAAGCUUAGUCCAGUUCAGCUAGCCAACCAGAGUAGGAGGAACUGUCGCCUUUGGUUAAACAUGAGGGACAAAAUCCCCAAAACCGAAAGAGCCAAGUCAACAGAAAACACCAGCAGAAACGAUUUACUACGGUCAGUGUUCCUGGCUCAAAGUUUCAUGCAUGUUUUCAUUCAAUGAAUGCAAACCAGCUAGCUAGAAUUUGAUUGGCAGUGUUGAAUGUCUGAAUUCUGCAUAAUCAGCCCACAAAGUGCUGCGAAUGUUUAAAUAAACACAUAUUUUUGAUUGAAUGAACAAAGCAGACCUAUCAGAACAUGUUUUAAGGCUGAUGCAGGUCAGACUAGAUGUUUGCCGGAAGCUAAAGGAAACAUUGAAGCACAGAAGUGUUCAGAUUUGAUCUCGUUUAAUGUUGGCACUGUGUGUGUCCAUACAUGUGUGUGUUACCUGCUGCAGAAGAGCACGCAGUACUGUUUUUACCUGUCCGUUAGCAACAUACCGUAUGAACACUUAAAACAAAUUUUAAUGAAAGUCUUUGCUGAAUGUACGUCUACAACCGAUUCAUGAUGGCUGCCAAAGCGACUCAGCGUUAGCAUAUACACACAUGGCUGUGUUUCCGGCAGUUAUACAGGUGUUGAGCUAAACGUUGGGGUGUUUGUAGCUGAGAUUCACAACGCUUGUAACGCUAACAGACUUAAACGGCUAUAAUAAUAGAUGAUCUUUGCUUAAAUCUGUGGCAUGAAGUGCGUUUGGUGAUUCCUGUUAGUUUGGCCUUUUUGUUUGUACUUGAACUGUUCUGUUAAGUCUUGGGGAAAACGGUUUUAAAAUACUCCGCUACACUACAGAUGUGAGGAAAAAGGACGUCCAGUGUUUUCUAAGGGUUUUCAUAGUUUAAUCUUAUAAAAUGUACUUUUCUUAACUGGUUUUUGUUUUCAGUGUUUCUGGUUUAGUUUGUGAUGGACUCAUCUGUCACUUUAGUGUUUUGAUCUAAUGAGCUUUGAAUAUGUGUUGAUUAAAAAUCGUGAUACAAGACAAGUGUCACUAAGAAGAAAAGCUAUUUUGCAGCCCGUUGACACGCAUACAGUUGUGGAGCAGAAGCUCGAGGGUGUUUGUAAACACGAGGAGGUAGAAGGGAUUCUUCUUUCAUAAGGGAAUGUAUCGUGUAUUUCCAAAGAUAAGAGACCUUUGAUCUUAUGAUUUAGUGCUUUAAGCUUUUAUAUUUGAGUCUUUGAAUGGAGUUAAAGCUCAUCCUGCUGCACUAACCUUCAGGUAACAUUCAGAGCAUGACUCAGCAUGUUUACUGUACAGCAGAAUGGCGCGGGACUAGAACAUGAACUCGUUUGUACGUUUUCUGCUCAGCUGCUGAUUUCUCCAUGUUUAUUAUUUUUAUUAGGAUAUUUAUUAGGUGCAAUGAUAACAUGGGGGAGAGAUGUGGUUCAGGGACCUAUCAGCCAUGGAUUAUACCUCUAGCGGUCUCGUCGUGUUUCUUAAUCGCCCCCUAGUGAAUGAUCUGUUACAUGAAUGCUUUGGUCGGCCCACAUCUGCAGCUGUUUGUGUCUGAAGUCUUUUGCCGUUGAAGCUCUCAGGUAUCAGGACUGUGAAAUUCUCUUGAGUCGAUUAAAACAUUUUACCUGCAAACGUGGUGUCUAUACCACACCAGUGAUGCAUCACAGCCCAACACUACACAACCCUUCGCCCUUUUCUUUUUUCCCCCAGACGUUUUGUUGUCGUUGACCUACUGACUGGGUUUGGUACCAGUAACGUGUGUGUGUGUGUGUGUGUUGUGAAUUCUGAUCCUGUUUUGGAUUUGUGAAUAAAACAAACUUGCUAAUACGA